GAGGGGAGGAAAAGUACACGAGAGCUUGUCGGAGGCUGUGUGUCUCUGUGAUUGAUAAAUAAAUAAAACUGAUAAGCAGCAGAGGAGGAGGAGGAAGCGAGGAGGAAGCUGCGACUUGGAGUUGGAUUCGUCUUUGGUUAUUGUCCGUCCCUGCUGCUAGCUGCUGAGCUGGGGGUGAAGUGGACGGGACGAGGAAGGAGAGGAGCCUAGGAGAAGGGCGCCGCCGCGGCCAUGGCUGGACGUGCGCCGGCGACGGCGAGGGACAAGACCAGCUUCGCCGCCACGUGCAGCCUGCUGAGCCAGUAUCUCAAGGAGAAGAAGGACGGUGGCCUGCAGCGCCUUGGCGGCCUCGCCAUGGCGCCGGCAGCUGGAGCAGGAGCAGGAGGUUUCCGGCCGCCGACCACCAUGAACUUGCUGUCAGCGCUCGACGCGCCGGCCGAGGAGCCCACCAGCGACGCGGCAAAGGCCACCGUCGAGGAGCCAAAAGACCAUCACAAAAGCACCGCCGGAAAUCCAAGGGAGGCAGCCGGAGACGAGGCGCAACAGCUGACCAUCUUCUACGGUGGAAAAGUGGUCGUCUUCGACAAGUUCCCCUCCACCAAGGUCAAGGACUUGCUGCAAAUCAUGAACCCUGGCGGCGACCGCGUGGACAGGGCCGGUGCCACUGCCACUGUCCCAACGCAGAGCCUGCCUACGCCUUCACACAACAGUCUCUCUGAUCUGCCGAUUGCGAGGAGGAAUUCACUCCACAGGUUCCUUGAGAAGAGAAAGGACAGGAUAACUGCAAAGGCGCCAUACCAAGUCAACAGCUCUGCUGGCGUUGAGGCGUCGUUCAAGGUGGAGAAACCUUGGCUGGGUCUGGGCCAAGAAGCGGCGACAGUCAAGCAGGAGAUGUGAUCUUUGCCCAAAAGGAAGAUGCCAAAUGAUCAGGUAGAGAUUGUUCACGGAUGGUGCAGUGCACGUCGUAGCUUCAGGUUAAGGGAAAGAAUAAUUUACCGUCGGUUACUCAGUUUACUGCUCUACUACUACUUGCUAGUGACGAAGUUAGGAAUUAUUCUGGUGGUCAUCCUAAUUGGCCACGAGCAUAUACGUAAGGUCAGUCGGUCAGCCGUUCGUUGGCGAGAUUGUUUGCUGCUGGAGAUGAACAUGCUCGCAGCAGUUUCGCUGGUCCGUGACCGGCGCCAUAUGUUGCAACGAAUGGCUCGCUGCUGCCUUGCUCGAUACAUUUUAUUGUCCUCUCCCUGUCAUGGAUCCUCCCUCUCGUAGAGGGUUUGUAUGUUCAGUGGAAGAUGUUUAUUUGGUCUAUUUAAUUUUGUUUUUAUGAACAUGUAUUGUAUUGUGGUAUGUUGUAUAAAUACACGCUUUAUUAUACUCCCUC